UCCCCACCACGAUUUCUUACCGAACUUGCGUCACGAUUCGUGUCGAGGAAUCAGCGUGUCCUUUUCCUGCUUUCUUGUGAUAAGUAUUCGCCGCCAGCGACGACGAAGCGCUCGUUUCUUUACCUCGAUUCAGAUUCGUCUUCCGCCAAACAUCGGAAGCCCUGAUCGAUCCUAUUCUCCCUGCUUUCGCCUAGGGUUGGAUUCGAUACGCCCAACGCUCGGAGUCUGACUUUGGGGAAUGGAGGCCAAGUCAACGGGGCGAUUCACUCUCGGGAAGCAGUCGUCGCUCGCGCCGGAUCGCGACGACGGCGAGCUCCAGGCCCUUCGAUCCGGGGACCUCGAUGGGCUGCAGGUCCCGGAGGAGGUCGACGCCAACAUCCGCCUCAUGUACCUUGCCAACGAGGGCGAUCUCGCCGGGAUCGAGGAGACCCUUGCCUCUGGGGUCGACGUGAACUUCCGGGACAUCGACGACCGCACUGCCCUCCAUGUCGCUGCCUGCCAGGGCUUCGCUGACGUCGUCCAGCUGCUGCUCGACAGCGGGGCUCAGGUCGACCCGGAGGAUCGGUGGGGCAGUACGCCACUUGCAGAUGCAGUUCAUUACAAAAACCAUGAAGUGAUCAAGCUUUUUGAGAAGCAUGGUGCCAAGCUACGGGUGACUCCUAUGCGUGUUGAGAAUGCCCGUGAAGUCCCUGAAUAUGAGAUUGAUCCCAGCGAACUUGAUUUCACUAACAGUGUUAACAUAACUAAGGGAACAUUUAUUAUAGCAAAAUGGCGAGGAAUUCAAGUCGCUGUGAAGAAGUUCAGUGAUGAUGUCAUGACUGAUGAGGAUAAAUUAAGGGCAUUCAGGGAUGAGCUUGCAUUGCUUCAGCAAAUACGGCAUCCAAAUGUUGUCCAGUUUCUGGGUGCUGUUACUCAAAGUAGUCCAAUGAUGAUUGUCACAGAAUAUUUGCGCAAGGGUGAUCUACGGGCCUAUCUGAAUCGGAAACGAACUCUAAGGCCAUCCUCAGCAGUGCUAUUUGCGCUUGAUAUUGCUAGAGGGAUGAAUUAUUUACACGAGCAUAAACCUGAAGCCAUAAUUCACCGUGAUCUUGAGCCUUCAAAUAUCUUGCGAGAUGAUUCUGGGCAUCUGAAAGUUGCAGAUUUUGGAGUUAGCAAGUUGUUAAAAGUGGCAAAGACUGUAAAAGAGGAAAGACCAUUGACAUGUCUUGACACUGCAUGCAGGUAUGUGGCACCAGAAGUCUUCCUCAAUGAGGAGUAUGAUACAAAAGUGGAUGUCUUUUCAUUUGCUUUGAUCCUGCAAGAGAUGAUUGAAGGAUGCCCACCUUUUUCCUAUAAACAAGAUAAUGAAGUUCCAAAAGCAUAUGUGUCUAAACAGAGACCACCUUUUAGGGCUCCACCAAAACAGUAUGGUCAUGGAUUAAAAGAGUUGAUUGAGCAUUGCUGGAGUGAAAAUCCUGCUGACAGGCCAACAUUUAGAGAAAUAAUUGAUCGGUUGUCAAAAAUUCAAAACCAUAUUGCUCAAAAACGCCGUUGGAAGGUGACGCCAUUAAAAUGUUUCCAGAAUUUUGAGGCCAUAUGGAAGAAAGACGGCGGUAGCACCCGCUCAUCCCGUUCAUCCACCACAAACUUGUAACUUCUAUCGGAUGUUCCAAAUAAGAGUAAGAUACCAAGAUGCUAGUUCGGUUUGGUGUAAUCUACUGUUAAAUGACAUACAAUGUUAUACAACCGCAUGGCCCUUUGCCAAACUAAUGUAAUAUGUCUUUUUCAUGGUUGAUUUUUUGGUGCUUACAGGAAUCAUCUAAUCACUUUUUGUUUUU